UCAAAAGGAUACUUUUGGAAAUUCCCUCUUUCCUUUUGAUUCCCCCUAUUUAAACUCCCAUUUCAGAACAUCACAUAGCAAACAACAUCAACCUAAACAUAUUCAUUGAAAACCCAAAAUAAAAAACAGAGCAAAAUCUUUUUUUUUUUAAUAUAUUCAAGAAAAUUAUAUUGAUCAUGGGAGAAAUCAUAUUAUAUAUGGAUGAAUUUGAUUAUUCAUCAUCCUCUUAUUGUAGAAUUUGUCAUGAAGCUGAGUUUGAAAGCUGCAGAAAAUUAGAAGUUCCUUGUGCUUGUUCAGGAUCAGUCAAGUUUGCUCACAGAGAAUGCAUACAGAGAUGGUGUGAUGAAAAAGGAGAUAUAAUUUGUGAAAUUUGUUUACAGAAAUAUGAACCAGGUUAUACCGCAAUACCGAAACAACCUAAGAAAGUUGCUAUACGAGAUCAAGUUGUGAGCAUAAGGGGAAGUUUGGAAGUUCCAAGAAUAGAACAAGAAGAGCAAAAUUCUGAGCUAAUAGCCAUAGCUGAAUGUUCAUUAGAAGCAGAAAGAAGUGCAUCUUGUUGCAAAAGAGUAGCUCUUAUUUUUACGAUUCUUCUAUUGUUGAGACAUCUGCUUGAAGUGCUACUUGGAGGAGCAGAUCACCCAUUCUCUCUUUUAACUGUACUAAUCUUGCGAAGUUGUGGAGUAAUUGUUCCAAUGUACAUAAUCAUUCGGGCAAUUUCAGCAGUUCAAAACAACAUCAGACGACAUCGAAUUCUUCAUGAAAAUCUAAUGCAAAAUAGCAAUGAUGAAAGAAAUAUAGAAGACGAGGAACAACCACUUCAAAGAUAGUAUAAAAAAGACUUGCACAGUUCAUUAUUGUUUUCCAGCUUGUAACACACCAAUGUACAGCAAUAUACUUGGAGACUAUAAUCUUGACUAAUAUACCAAACAAAUUUACUUUUUACAUAAAUAUUUCUUCAUUUAUUAUUUGUAAAUUGUAACUAUGUUCUAGAAUUGGAAUAAAAAAUCCAAUUACAUGUA